AUGUUCAACAACCGCGCCGCAUGGCUAAUGGGAAGCAAAAACCGUCCCCUUCAGGUGAAAUCAGCACCUUACACUGGUCCUCGCAAAGGCCAGAUUGUGAUCCGCAACCACGCCACAGCCAUCAACAUAAUUGACUGGAGACUGCAGGACCUCGGAACAUCUAUGAUGUACAAAUGGAUCAAAUAUCCUUGCGUCCUAGGAUCCGAUGUGGCAGGCGAAGUAGUCGAGGUUGGUCCGCAAGUGACGCGAUUCAAAUUCGGAGACCGCGUUGUCGGCCAAGCUGUCGGCAAGGAUGAAAAGCGCAACAGCGAUGCCGAGGGAGCCUUCCAACUCUAUGUUGUGCUUCUGGACCAUAUGGCAUCGCCCAUUCCGGAUGAUAUGCCGUAUGAAAGCGCCUGUGUGCUUCCGCUAGGUACUUCCACGGCUGCCUGCGGUCUUUUUCAAGAAGAUCAGCUUGGACUCCAGCUACCUUCCGUCAAUUCCAAGCCCAAAGGCGAAACCCUACUGAUCUGGGGCGGCUCCACUAGCGUGGGCAGCAGUGCUAUCCAGCUUGCUGUGAGCGCUGGAUAUGAAGUCUUUACAACGUCAUCUCCGCAUAAUUUCAAUUACGUGAAGAAGCUAGGUGCCUCUCAAGUCUUCAAUUACAAAAGCAAGACAGUCGUGAAUGAUAUAGUGAAAGCCUUCAAGGGAAAGAAAGCGGCUGGUGCAAUUUCUAUGGCCUCCAAUGGAACCGAGCGAUGCAUGGAUAUUCUUGCUCGUUGCGAUGGGAAGAGAUUUGUUUCGCUAGCCGCUUAUCCGGUUCCCGACAAGAUCCCAGCGCAUUUUCCAAUGCUGCAAACCAUGUUCAUGUUCCUUACUCGAAGCUUCGUCUAUUGGUUCAAAUCCAAGACUAUGGGCGUGGACUACAACUUGAUUUUUGCGACUUCUCUGGUUGAGAAUGGGGUCGGCAAGGCUAUCUUUGAGGGUUAUCUGCCACAGGCUCUAGAAAACGGCAUAUUUCUGCCAUCGCCAGAGCCAGUUGUGAUAGGUAAUGGGCUGGAAAGCAUUCAGACCGCCAUGGACUACUAUAAGACGGGAGUAUCUGCCAAGAAGGUUGUUGUUUCUCUGAAAGACUGA